UAUAGGGACCCGGGUGAGAAGUUAGCCAUAUUUCGGGUGGUUUUGGGCCGCUGUUGCCGCCUCUUUCGCCUUCAUUCGCAUGCCACCAUUGUUAAAGUUUAGACGGGGUUAUUUAAGGUCCCCAGACUUGUCAGGACGGUAUUUAUUCAAUAAUUAGCCCAUCUUUUCGUAUCGCGAAGCUGUAUGAAGAACAUUAUUAUCGAUUGGUUUGAUCGAAGGCCCCAGGAAAGGAAGGGUGGCAUAGCGUUGUCCCGCGUUAUAACGUAGCCUUACGUCGUCGUUACGUGAGACUUUCGAGUGACAGACGAGAUUGAAACUGCUCGUCAACCAAUUAAAAUAUUUAACCAAGUUAUGCAACUUCUACCGCUUAUUAUCACAUUUGGACAUUCCAGAGGGCUGGGCCAGAGCCCACAUUGGGCCAUGUUCGGAGCAUGGUGCCGUACCUAGCUAUAUACCUAUUUGACUAAGGUGAAUUAAUGUUUUGAGGAGGGUGGAUUAGGAUUUAUCUCUUAACAAAAUGUCCUUGAUCUGAUUUCAAGCUGGCAGCAACCUGUGGAAAUAGGUAGUUUGCAUAACCCUUCUUGUGGUUAACCCUUUCUCAUCCUGCGGCAUGUAGGGGAAACAACCGAAUGGACUAGCUGAUCCAGUCUUGGCCGCUUGUUGAUCCACCCUCCAAAAAAGUAGUUUAACACGUCCUGACACCAGAGAUGGUCACCAGUCGUGAGUCAUUGGUGGUGAAAGCAACAUCUCGAGACCUCUACUCUCCUUUUGAAAUUGUCAGAUUGUGAAAGCAUAAUUCAUAUUUGGCUGAGGGGUUGCACUCAUCUUCAGACAGUCUCAUGCUGAUUGAGUAAUUGCAGCCUACCCAUGACCUCUUUCAUCCAUUGGUCUCAAGGUGCAGCAUAGAGAUCAUUGUUUACAGAAUCUUACAGAAGUCCAAGAAUUUCCCCUAGUUAAGAUGACCCAGGUUUUUCCUUUCAAGACUGUCCUCUUGACUACGUAUUUGAGACUACUUCUUUAUCUGCAGAUGGAGUCCACUUUUCCUUAAUUAUCAAGGAUAGUUGAAAAGUUAAUUUUGUGUAAAUCAAACCUUGGGUUGAUCCAAGGUAGAUUUCUUCUUUGAUUGUUAUUGUUAGUUUAACCAAAGAAUAAUUUGUAAUAUUUUUGAAUUUAUAGACAUCAGUCAAGAAGUGGGGGUCUUGUAUUAAGCUAUUUUGCACCGUUACGUUAACGCCGCCAAGAUGACGUCCAAUUCAAAUGCUCGAACAUCCCAGAUUGUUUAUACAUCUGUGGAUGACGAUAUGACCGUCACAGAGAUAAUAUGCGAGUAUGAUUGUGACGACAUGGUGACUGAGGCUGUCUGUGAAGUAGAACCGCCCGAGUCCAGUGACGGUCAGAUCUACUUGGCCGAACCGUCUCAUAAUGACAAUAUGCCAGUUAUAAAAGAGGAGAAGAUUUACAUUGAUUCUGAAUCGUUCCAGCAUGAGCAGAAUUUCAAGGACGAUGGUAUUUACAUUGAUGAUAAUUCAGAUGACCCAGUCCACCAGAUUUUUGCAGAAGACAAGAAGUUCAAGUGUGGCGUGUGCUGCGAGCAGUUCGACGACUUGGCCGCCAUAUCUCGUCACAUGGAGGAGCAUUCUGGCGAGAAGAAAUACGAAUGUGCCGAAUGUGGCAAGCAGUUCAAGAACAUCAACAAUGUGAUGCGUCACAUGGUGGUUCACUCGGGAGAGAGGAAGUACAUGUGUCCCAUUUGUAAGAAACCCUUCACUCAAGUUGGCAACCUCAAACGUCACAUGUUUGUACACAGUGGCGAGAAGAAGUUUCCAUGUUCUACUUGUGGGAAGGGUUUCACACAGAUGAACAAUCUCAUUAGACAUCAGGCCAUCCACAGUGGAGUAAAAAAUUUUGAAUGCAAUAUAUGUCACCGGCUGUUUAAUCAGGCAAGUAAUCUUAAUCGACAUUUACUCAUCCACAAGGGCAUAAAAUUAUACAGUUGUGAUACGUGUGGCAGGUCAUUUUCUCAGUUGACAAAUCUGCAGAAACACAGGGAGCGACAUCUUCGGGGCAAAAAGUACAAGUGCGAGGUUUGUGGUGACGGUUUUGAUCAUAAAUUGAUGUAUAAUAAACAUCUGGAGAAUCAUUAUGGAAAGCCUCGCUUCCAGUGCAAUGUUUGUGGUCGUGUGGUCACCCAGAAGAGUACUUUGAGUCAGCACAUGCUUUUGCAUUUUGAGAAUAAGAAGUACACUUGCCAUCAGUGUAAUAAAUGCUAUGCACAAAAAGGCAGCCUCGCAAAGCAUAUGGAGGCUCAUAACUUGACCAAGUACUUCUGCAAGAUAUGCAAUCGAUACUUUUAUGAUGAAGGCGGUCUGUUGAAACAUGAGUCAACACACACCGACAAAGCAAAGUCCAUCGCAAGUAUGGUGCAGAAGGAGAUCAGGGUCCUCGACUAUAAUCUCCAGUUCUGUGAGUUCUGUGGGAAAAGCUUCAUACUGAAGAGAAGCUUGCGGCGCCACAUGGAGAAGACUCAUAAUGUUCUGUUAGAGAUCGUAAGGAAGAAUUGUCGUGAAAAUCCAUGUGAAGAGUGUGGCAAGAUUUUUGUUCACAGGAAAAGCCUCAAGAAACACAUGUUGAGGAAACACAAUGCAGAAAUUGAACCGGAUGCAGAAAGGUCAUCACCUGUGAUCAAAACGGAAAAGGAAGACGAUAUGUCUGAUGAAGAAAAUGAAGCUGACGAGUCUAGUCUUGCCAUUUUGGAUAAGGAUAAGAUCACUGAAACUUUACUGCAAAUUAAGCAGGAGAAUGUUAUUGAAGCAGACACCACAUUUGAAGAAAGUGAAAAAGUCUGGAAUGACAUAAGUAAUUGUAAAGUUAAGGAAGAGCCAGAGGAGAGAACUAGUAAUGCUAUGGUUCACCUUUGUGAAAUUUGUGGUCGCGGGUAUUACCUUGUCAGUAAUCUUCACAGGCACAUGGAGAUUAAACAUGGAGUAACUGGUAAAGGAAAAGAAAAUGUCAAUGGAAAAUUCAGUAGCUCUGCAAGUGUGAAAAUGGUCAACAAUUUCAUUUUGAAAGAAACUGGGAUUACUGUGAAAAAACUGACAGGUGACUCAAGAAGUUUUGUCAAUCAAGUGGCCUCUUCAGAUGACGAACUUCUCGAAGAUCAGACUGUUGCUCGAGGUGUUGGCGUGAGAAGAAGGGGGAGAAAUGUAUCAACUGGGAUUGAAAAGAAAGGGAUUGCAAAGGUUGCAGAGGACCCUGAAAAUAAACCAAAAGGAAAGAGAGGAAGAAAGAGAAAAUUCAGUUUCUUUUCUGAUGCCGACAUAUGCGACAUCUGUGGGAGAGGAUUCCUGACGCCAUUUGACCUUCUCUUGCACAUGUUAGAGCACAGCAAAGCCAAGAAGAAUGAGCUCUUGAGUAUUGUCAAUGAAGCUGCUCAAGAAUUCCAAAGUAUGAAAAAGUCUGAAGUGGAGUUGAAUGUCACAGAAAAAACAAAGGGAUUGGUAUCGCACUUCAGGAAGUGCAGCAGAAACCAGUCAAAUGAAAUAUCCAGCAUUUUUUCCAUUGGCGAAACUUAUGAACAAGUCCCCUUUUCUGGAGAUGUUAGUCCCAUUAGACAUUGUGCUGUGAGUUUGAGUGACUGUGAGCAAGAGUCUAUUACUACCGAGUGUGUUGACUUUGGGGCAGAAUCUAAGCAGGAAGUACUGGAAAUAAAUGAAUUUGAUUAUGUGUAGGAGUUUUGUCAAUUGCAGUGAUACGAACCCCAAUUUUAUUGGCUAGGGACUGGUACAGUUUUUUGUUUGGUAAGUUUUUGUAAGAUAAGUGCUUGAUUCGGCAGAGAAUGUAAUUUUUUUUUUUAUUGUAUCAUGACUUUAAUAAGGUUUCAUGGGAUGGUUAAACUUAUCCCAUUAUCUACUAAUCAUUUUUCUGCUUGUGGAUACUUCAGUUGAUUUUAAUAGUUGGAAGUUUGGAGGAACCAACUCUAUCCCAGUGGACAUUAUCUGAUAAGGGCAUGUGAAUAAAUCAUUGUAUUGAGGAUGUGAUUGUGUAGAUAUGUACAUAACAUGCCAUUGUUUGAGAAUGGCUUCUUUAUCCUCAAUCUGUGUGAGGAGCCUCAGGAAAAUAGCCUUGUUUUCCAUUCGUGUACAUACUGUAGGUACCCUUUGUGAGUUGCAGACAUGUAUAUAAACUCAUAGUUAAUAGGAAAAUACUGUAUUACAUUUAUAUUUAAAAUUCUAUUUUGUCUUGCAAAUGAUUGACUAGACUGUUUAUCCAUGUCUCGACUUAGUCAGUGAGACUUUUACCAUAUCCUCCUCUUUGUUUUUAGUUAUUUAUUUUCUUUUACGUGGAGGACUAUGGAUGGGCAUGGCUGUGCCCAAAUAUGCCUUCUGCCUAGAAUAAAAUUGUAGUGACAUAGUUGUAUCUGUGAAAGGUCGAAGUACAAAUAAAUUGAGCUGAAUUGUUAAGUAUUACUUUUUUUCAAUUUUGGUUAGAUUCUUCUUCCUAUUUGUCAGUUGGUUAAGAUAUCUCGAAAAUUUUACAUUCCUGCUGUUUUUUUUUAUUUAUUUAUGCUACGUGUGAAAUAACUGUGUUGUGUAAUAUAUUCGGCUCUAUUUGAUUAUUUGAAAGUAAAAAGUCAGGCUAAUGA